UCUACCUGCUUGCAAUCAUGUUGGCAACGUUGCGUCCCAAGUUUCAAACCGGUUUAUGGUUGCGCAGGUUGCGCGCGCAGGCGUUUAUUGUAUGAUGACCUCGUAAGUGAUCGAAGUGGGGAGCAGCUACCGGAUCGGCAAUGUCGAUUUGCCGGUUCCAAAUGGCCAAAUCAGUUUCCAACUACGGUUUUCGUCGCGCGUUGCCCACAAUCAUCGUACAACAUGGAAAACGUUAAAAUGAAGCAACUCGUACAAGAAAUCAAAAAGCACGAGGUGUUGUACAAUUAUAACGUUCCUGGUUAUUCGAGUAAGGAGAUCUGCGAUGCAGCGUGGCUUGUCGUUGCAGCUGCAUGUGAUAUGCCAGCGGCUGAGUGUAAGGAGAAAUGGCGGAAUAUCCGCACUGUAUACAUACGAAAAGUAAGAAACAAUCGCAAACCAUUACCAAACGGUUAUGCAAGAAGGCGGACCAAAUACUACUUAGAGGAUGACAUGGAGUUUUGCCUACCAUUCAUUAAACCACUGAAUCCUGACGCGACCCCAAUUAAAAAAAUGAAAACUGAAUUUGAAGAAGAGACUGUCGCUUUCGAAUUGUCGCCAUAUUUGUCAUCUCCAGAACCAUCAUCAGAGUCCGAAUCUUCUGAAUCGCAUGGACAUGGACAUGGAACAAUGUUACCAUCGUCAAGUAAUCAUGUGUCGAAACGACUCUCUUCUCGCCCUGCAGGAACAGCGCCCAAGAGAAAACUUCGAAAUUCUUCGCCUGCGGAUGAAGAAGAAGACGAAUAUGCAGCGGAGCACUAUAAUUCAAAAGAACUACGGAUAGAUCCGAUGUCUACAAUGGUGAAUAUUGAUGCAACGAAUUCACAUAAUGCCGAACGGAAAGAAGCGCUUCGAAUGUUUUUACUCAGCUUAAUUCCUGAAGUGGAAGAAUUUACGGAUUUUCAAAUUAAUUUAUUUAAACGGAGAAUAUUUGGACUUAUUGACGAGAUAUCAUCGUAGUUGUAAUGAACUGGAUGAUACCAAAUAUGUCGUCGGGUCGAAAACUUUCACGCAAAGAGAAAAUAUUUACGGCGACGCAAUCUGAAGAUAAAUGCUAAAUAUAGCAUUGAGUGUUUUUGUGACUUUUGACCUUAACAUGUUUUGGGGUUGUGUAUAUAUUUUCGAAUAAAAUGUGAUUCGAUUUA